AUUGACAACAGUGCGUUUUCUAUAAGCCAAGAAUCAAGGAUAACGGUGAAAAAAAUUUGGGAUGCCAAUAAUAUGCCUUUCAAUGGAAGAGAAGAAUCAGGUCCGAUCCAAUCUCCUUCGCACAAACUGUUCCAACUGUCACCGUCCGAUAUUACCACAUCCAAGCAAUCUAUACCGUCCCUUCACUCACCCUUCCACUAUGUCUUCCCCUUAACCUCUUUCUUUCAUCCUCUCCGAUUGGCCGGUUUGGCGGUACGGUUCCGAUGCAAUUGGCUCGUUCUCAGUGCAAAACUCCUGAAUCCUCAUAGCUUCAUCGUUCAUCGCGCGCAGAAUCUUCCUCCCUUCUUAUUCCUCCUUUCAUACCUCUUUGGCGGCGCCGCUUUCCGCACGUGUCGUGCAAUCCGUGCGCGGUUCUUUUCUGAACCUGAACCUGACCGAUCCGAGAAUUCAAGAUCUAUUGAAUAG